CUUAUUGCCUGCAAUUGUUAUGGAUAUGGUGAUCACAAAUCUACAACAACAACGUCAAAUUACAGAGCAGUUCCGUCGUGAAGCUGCUCUGAAACGGAUCACAGUGAGCAAAGCUGUGGAAGACAUAAUGAAGUAUAUUACCGAACAUGAGCAAGAAGAUUGUUUGCUGUUGGGUUUUUCAUCUCAAAAGUCUAAUCCCUUUCGAGAGAAAAGUUCAUGUACCAUUCUUUAAACUUGCCUGCUUGAAAUGAAAAAUUGUAAACUCAA